AUGUCUUCAAUCUUUCCAACCUGGUUUACUGAUACGAUGUUGCUUCAACGAAAAAACUUUCUUUCCGAACAAUCUGGUGAAGAUCUUACGGAACGAUUGAAGUAUCUACUUGGUAUUCAAUACUAUGCUGGUAUUCUUACGCCGCCUUCGACAACAUCAUCGGAGAAUAUUAAAGACGAACAAGAAGAUGAAAAUGAAGAUGAUAACAGCAGCGAAACAAUGAUGGAUUCAUCCAGUUCUGCUUACAAAUGUAACGAAUGUGACAAGGAUUUCUCCACAUCUCAUGGCUUAGAAGUGCAUGUUCGUCGAACGCAUGCAUCCGAAACGCGACCUUACACGUGUGAUCUGUGUCCGAAAACAUUCAGUCACACAUUAUCGCUCUCUCAACAUCGGAACACUCACACACAAGAACGAUGUUUUCAGUGUAAAAUCUGUGGAAAGUCAUUUAAGCGUUCAUCGACCUUAUCGACACACUUGUUAAUUCACUCCGAUACUCGACCAUACUCGUGUUUACAUUGUGGCAAACGGUUUCAUCAAAAAUCUGAUAUGAAAAAGCAUACAUAUAUUCAUACAGGUAAUUAUCUUUACAAUCUCGGAGAAAAACCUCAUAAAUGCAUCGUCUGUGGAAAGGCUUUUUCGCAAUCAUCUAAUUUGAUUACACAUAGCCGGAAACAUACGGGAUUCAAGCCAUUUCAAUGUCAUAAAUGUUUACGUGCGUUUCAACGAAAAGUCGAUCUUCGCCGACAUAUCGACACUCAACACGGUGCCGAACACGUUCAAGGGAAUCUAUCGUUGAAAGGCAAAUUCGUUGAUCCACAGUUAAACAGUAGUUUGAAUGAAAGCAAUCAUUCAACAAGUAAUGGAGGGAAAUACGGACCGAUUGGAUCAUUAAUACAAGAACUGGCCGCUCGUCAUUAA